AUGCAAACCCCGACCCACCCCGACCCACCCCACCCCGCUCCACAACCCAGACCCACCCCGCUCCACAACCCAGACCCACCCCGCUCCAGAACCCCGCCCCUACCCCACUCCAGAACCCCGACCCACCUCGCUCCACAACCCCGACCCACCCCGCUCCACCACCCCGACCCACCCCGCUCCAGAAACCCGCUCCACAACCCCGACCCACCCCGCUCCAGAACCCUGACCAACCCCGACCCACCCUCCCCGCUCCACAACCCCGACCCACCCCGCUCCAGAACCCAGACCCACCCCGCUCCAGAAACCCCGGCCACCUCGCUCCAGAACCCCCGGCCCACCCCGCUCCAGAACCCCCCGACCCACUCCGCUCCAGAACCCCCGAACCACUCCGCUCCAGAACCCCAACCCACCCCGCUCCAGAACCCCGACCCACCCCGCUCCAGAACCCAGACCCACCCCGCUCCAGAACCCCGCUCCAGAACCCAGACCCACCCCCUCUCGGCUCCAACCACAACCACGACCUUCUCUGUCAGCUCACCCUUCCAGCGCUCCUCCUCUCUCCUCUCUCAGAGGAACACAUCUAGACGGACGUGA